AUGGCUGUGGAAGCGCGUUCGGCUAGCGCCGGUCCGGAACCACGCCGGUCGCCGGCUGACGACCGUAGGGUCAGCGCCGAUAACGAACCUCGCACACUUGCUGCUAGGAAAGCUUACCCCGAGGAGCCGAUGUCUCCUAAACGUGAACCUGAAGACGACGAUGCUCCAUUGGACUUGACUGUUCGCAAAGAGAUUUCUGUAUGCGAUUUCGCAAGACAUUCGGCGUUUGCCGACCCCUCAGACUAUGUGAGGACACAACUGAUCCUGAGGCAGUCUCAGGAUUACCUGGCGUCCGGCCGAGACUCUGGGACUGAAUCCGACGACUCCGCCGGACGCCUCAGCCCUGGAGACGAUGCUGUCUCUGGGAAAGCCUACAAGAAGUCACUCAUGAAGAGAUACAGUAAGUUUUAG